UAACGCCCCGCCCAUGGCUUCCAUUUCUGUUCUGGAUCACACGGCGCAAAGCGAAUAAUACACAUUUGGGUUUUUUCCUGAAUAAUAUUGUUGUGCCUGAUAAUUAUAGCGAACACGAGUCCUUCCUGGUCACGUCACGAAAGAUAGUUUAGCGAGUCGCACGGCGUGAGAAGAAGCACGAGGCGAGGCGCGCGCGUGGAGCGGCGGGAAUCGGGCCUGAUGGCGGAGUUCGGUAACGGACUGGCGGAGGAAUCUCUGCUUGACUCAGACCCCGGGCAUCCAGAGCUGGAGGAUCCGGGUGUUGGUGAUGAAGAACCGGGUUUAGAUGAGGGAGAGGCCGCUAUUGAAGACCCGGAGCUGGAGGCCAUUAAAGCCCGGGUGAGAGAGAUGGAGGAGGAAGCAGAGAAACUGAAGGAGCUUCAGAACGAAGUGGAGAAACAGAUGAACCUUAGUCCUCCUCCUGCUGGUCCUGUCAUCAUGUCCAUUGAAGAGAAGAUCGAAGCAGAUGGAAGAUCAAUUUAUGUUGGAAAUGUGGAUUAUGGAGCAACAGCAGAGGAGCUUGAAGCUCAUUUCCAUGGCUGUGGCUCUGUUAAUAGAGUCACUAUCCUGUGUGACAAGUUCACAGGGCACCCGAAAGGGUUUGCAUAUAUUGAGUUUGCAGACAAGGAAUCUGUUAGAACAGCAAUGGCACUGGAUGAGUCCUUAUUCCGAGGAAGGCAGAUAAAGGUCGGGGCAAAGAGAACGAAUCGACCCGGUAUCAGCACCACAGACCGUGGGUUUCCUCGGGCCCGGUUCCGCUCGCGUGGAGGAAGUUUCUCAUCUCGGGCUCGGUAUUACAGUGGAUACACACCACCCAGAGGAAGAGGACGGGCCUUCAGGUUUCAGGACCAGUGGAGGCUGAGUACUCCUCCUCCCCCUGUGGCUGCAGCGCCCCCUACAGUCUCACCAUCGUCUCUUUCUCUCUCUGCUCCCUCUAUCCCUCUAUCCACACUCAUGUGGGGGGGUGGGGGUGGGGCACAGGGUGACCCCCGGCCCAUUUACUACAACAACAAACGUUAAACACACACUCACUAACAUGCACUACACCACAAACACACACACACCACACCACCACAUAUUUAUAUAGCAAGAGAGAUGCAGCUGGUUAAAAUGGGAGAGAAUGAAAUGGCGAGGAUAAGAACAGGUUAGGUUAACCGGGAGGGAUUCAUUUCUAGGGCCCUAGACAACUGAUUCUGGGAAUUUAAGGCUAUUUAAGAUGGAAAGGAGCAAAGCUUUUAUUUCUUGGGAAGGGGGGGGUUGUGUGGAGAGGUUUUUUUCCCCUGGGUUUUUUUUUUCUUUUCUUUUGAAGUGGGGUUGGGGGGGUGGAGUUUGGCUUUUUUAUUUUUUAACCCAUGAGUCUGUAAUUAGGAAAAAAAAAAUAAAAGAUUGUAAAAACGAA